UCGUGUAUCCGCCGCGGGUCGGUCGUGCGGUCGAAGCUAGAACGAAACUUCGAAAUACGAAUACAAUCAUAAAACAAUUAUCUUAUCAUUUAUGAUAUUAAGGAAUAGACGCGUUAAAGAUAUGCUUUUGUGUGUUGUUGUUUUCAUUUGAAUUUGAAUUCGAGGGAUUAGUUAAGGAAAACCUUCAAUCUACAGUGACUACAUGUUCUGUGUAAUAUGACUAAUAAUUAGGAUUUUAUUAAAAUAAUAUUAUAAUUGCAGACUGGGUUAAAGUGGGACACUAAUAAAAUCUGUAGUGCUGUUUUGUUGUAGUAUGUGUACACUGCAGGUGUUGAUCUGAAAACGAACGAAAUAUAAGAAAAAAACAUGUAUACACGAUCGAUUUUACUAUUGUGUAUGUGGGCGAGCUUGUUUGUGGCGUGUUUUGGACAACGCGCUGAACAACUUCUCGCACAGAACCCAUGCUCGAGCAAGACGACUUGCAGCGACUGCGCCCGGACGCCCACCUGCGCCUGGUGCUUCGCCCCCGAAUUCAAUGGCCCCCGGUGCUUCAACCCAGCUAUGGAAGGCGGCACCGCUGGCUGUGACGAAGCCUACAUAUUUAAUCCGGAUAACCAACAGUCAAUCGACGCAUCUUUUAACAGAGAAUUGACUAGAGCCAAAGGUCGUAUGGGCGUUGGGAUGGAGUCCUCUUACUACGAAGAAUCUAUGAGUAGCAGCAGCAGCAGCAGCAGCAGUAGUAGCAGUAGCAGCAGUAGCAUCAAGGGCGGUGGUUACAUGGGAGCAGCGGGCGGUGAAAACCUGGUGCAGAUUAAACCACAAAGAGUUAAACUACAAUUACGGAUGAAUCAAAUGCAAAAGAUGUCAUUCUCGUACGCUCAAGCCCAAGACUAUCCGGUUGACCUCUACUACCUCAUGGAUCUCAGUAGGUCUAUGAAGAACGACAAGGAGAAGCUCAGUACACUAGGAAGUCUACUGUCUAGUACUAUGAGAAAUAUCACAUCCAACUUUAGAAUUGGUUUUGGUUCCUUCGUGGAUAAACUAGUCAUGCCAUAUGUGUCCACAGUACCAAAAAAUUUGAUAUCGCCGUGUGACGGUUGUGCUGCCCCCUACGGUUACAAGAAUCAAAUGUCUCUGAGCAACGACACGGACUUUUUCGAUAAAGCUGUAGCCCGAGCUGACGUAUCCGGUAACUUGGACGCCCCGGAAGGAGGCUUUGACGCUAUCAUGCAGGCUGUGGUUUGUAAGAGAGAGAUCGGCUGGAGGGAACAUGCAAGAAAACUACUCGUGUUUUCAACUGAUGCUGGGUUCCAUUACGCUGGUGACGGAAAGUUGGGAGGUAUAGUCCAGCCUAAUGAUGGUGAAUGUCACAUGGAAGAUAAUUCAUACACACACUCAACAAAACAGGAUUAUCCAAGCAUUUCACAGAUCAAUUUGAAGGUUAAAGAGCACGCUAUAAACGUGAUAUUCGCUGUGACAGCUGAGCAGAUCAAUGUGUAUGAGCAGCUCAGCAAACAUAUUGAGGGUUCCAGCUCAGGUAUACUGAGUGAGGACUCGGACAAUGUGGUUGACCUUGUUAGAGAGCAAUACAAUAAAAUUACUUCAGCUGUUGAGAUGAAGGAUACAUCUAGUGACGCGGUACAGAUAUUGUAUUACUCAUCAUGUUUGGGCGGCAAGCUGCAGCAGACUAACAAGUGUGAGGGGCUUAAGGUUGGAGAUGUUGUGGAAUUCACAGCGGAAAUAACAUUAAAGGAAUGUCCCAAGGACCGUAAUAAGUGGAAACAGAUGUUUACUAUUUAUCCUGUCGGUGUGUCUGAAAGUUUAACUGUAGAGUUGGAAAUGCUCUGUGACUGUCCCUGUGAACAUCCCGGGCACCAUGCGUACAACGACAGUCCAUUAGUAUGUAGCGGGCAGGGUAUCUCUCAGUGUGGAGUCUGUGUGUGUCCUCCGGGGCGCUUCGGUAAGAACUGCGAGUGUUCAGCCCACGGCGGCGUGUCCGUGGAACAGGAGCGAGGCUGCAGACCGACCAACGCUAGCUCUGGACCUAUGUGUUCCAACAGAGGCAUGUGCAUCUGCGGUAUAUGCGAGUGUAACAAGAUGGACGACCCGCUGAAGGUGAUAUCUGGUCCGUUCUGCGAGUGCGAUAACUUCACGUGCGACAUGAACAAGGGUCAGCUGUGUUCUGGCCCUGAUCACGGGGAGUGCGUGUGCGGAAAGUGUUCCUGUCACCCGCAGUACAGCGGCCCCGCCUGCCAGUGUCUUAAGGACCAGGCACCUUGCAUGUCACCCGAAAACAACAAAAUCUGCAGCGGCAAUGGUAAAUGCGUUUGCGGUCAGUGCGUGUGCAAUGUUGAUGAAGAUAGACACUACUACGGAAAAUAUUGUGAGAACUGUCCGACGUGCCCCGGCCGCUGUGAGGACUUCAAGCAGUGCGUGUUGUGUGAAGUACACAAGCGCGGGCCCCUGUACCGGGACGAGGCGCCGGAGUGCGGGGACUGCGCCCUCUACCCCGAGGUCGUCGAGGGAAAGAUAGAAGCAAACGAGACGCUGAAUGAACAUUUGUGUAGUUUCUAUGACGACGAAGACUGUUUGUACGUUUACGUGUAUUCAUACAACGAAACAAGGCAUUUGCACAUCAGAGCACAGAAAGAACACGAAUGUCCUAAAAAGGUUUAUAUCCUGGGUAUCGUGUUGGGUGUGAUAGCGGCCAUCGUGCUGGUGGGGCUGGCGCUGCUGAUGCUGUGGAAGAUGGUCACCACCAUACACGACAGGAGAGAGUUCGCACGCUUCGAGAAGGAACGCAUGAUGGCUAAGUGGGACACGGGUGAAAAUCCGAUUUACAAGCAAGCGACAUCUACAUUCAAAAAUCCGACCUACGCCGGGAAAUAGAGAUACAUUUAGCUGCUGGGGCGCAGCGCAUAUAAUAUACUAUAAAGAUUAUAGAGAUAAAUGUAAUGCAUUUUAAACCAUUUAGACUUCAGUAUUCUAUAACGACAAGAAGAUUUCACGUAAAUCGUCGUUCGGAUACGCCUUGGAGAAGUGCCUUCCGUUAAGACUCUUGUCAUUCAUAUUAAUAAUCUCUUUACAAUUAAUCGAUGCGUAUUUUUAAAAACAUAUACCGUAUAAAUAUAUAGGUCUGUAACAAUCUCGGAUAUUUUAUAUAUAUUAUAUUAGUGGUAGAGUACGCUUUUGUACUUACAUGUGUGUGUGUGUGUGUUGGAUGUGUGUGUGUUGAGAUUUUAUUGAAUGAUUAUUAAUUGUAUGUUCAAUGGAAUCUUUGCAUUACUCAAUGGCUAUUAAUUAUAAUUAGGUACGUGACAUGACGUUAACAAUAUACAGUUGUGUCAUACGCAUAAAUAUAUAUGGAUAUGACGAGUUUGCAAUAAUUAAUUAUUGAAAGGAUAAUUAAAAUAAAUUUUGAUUGUAAUACAAAGGGUUGCGAGAUAGCGUAAGGUGACUGCCGCUUAGCUCUAGUGCCUUAUUAAUGUUUUAGUGCCAUUACUAAUCGUAUUGGAAUAAGUGUGUUAUUUAUUUCAACAUUACCUAAUCUCGAGUAACGACAUAGACUUAUUUAUUUUUUAAGCAGAUUAUAUAAUAAACUCCUGACGCUAUUUGUCUAUAGAUUUUCGAUCAACUUUUACGUUUUAUCUUUAUAUUUUUUUUUUAUUUUUUAAUUUAUGUGAUAUAUGAAGUGUAAUUGCGACUUGUAUAUAAUUUUAGUGUCUAUUCGAAUUCAAUGCCUUUUCAUUAAUAGCUAAUAAAAUUAUAUUAACUGUA